GCUGCCCCACUACCACACACCUCCGUCGCUGCCUCACUAUGAAGACCUUCGCACUUGCGCUCCUUCUGGUGGGCAUGGCAGUCGCCCUACCUAGAGUUCGGCGAGAUUCUACACCUCUCUUCUUAGAGCUUCCGUCCAACGCCUCUCUGAUCUUGGGUGAUGUCAAGACAGGCUUCGACUGCGCUGAUCUUCCGUAUGGCUACUACGCUGACGAACCCAACAACUGUGCUAUCUUUCACGUGUGUCUUCCUUACAUCAACUUCGGCGAGGUCAUCAUCCGUCACUUCUCGUUUUUCUGCGGCGAGGGCACCAUCUUCGACCAGCAGCGCCUCGUAUGCGCCAAACCUCAGGAAGCCAUUCCCUGCUCUCAGGCUGCAGCCUUCAAAAAGUCUAAUGAGUAUUUCGGUCGUGUGGAUGUAAAUUUCAACGAGUAAACAUAUGAUACAAGGACCCGACCACCGACCGGGGACCUUAUCACUUCCCAGGGCUCUGGUGGAGCCAGGAAUGGGGUCCUCGACCCGACUACGACGACGACCGAACAGCAACUCUGACAUUAACUCGAGGUUCAGAUUAACUCGAGGUUCACACUAACCAAACGAACAGAUCGUGAGAUGCACUUCGUCCCCCGCCCCUCAGCACACUGUAACAUAUUUCAGUCUUGUAAUAAAUAAGGAACCAUUUAA